ACUCGUGCACGAGAGUUUACGGUAUUGUCGUGUAGCGGUGGAGUGUAGGAGGCAUGGAGUCGAUCCUGAGCUGCAGAAGGGAGGAUCUGGAAGAUUAUUACGGGCUUCUCGGCUGCGAUGAACUCUCAACGACUGAACAGAUCGUGACUGAGUUUAAAGUGCGAGCUCUGGCCUGUCAUCCUGACAAACACCCAGAGAACCCCAGAGCAGUGGAGGACUUCCAGAAGCUACAGGAAGCUAAAGAUGUUCUCACAGAUGAGAAGAAAAGAAAGAGUUACGAUCUCUGGCUCAGAAGUCAGAUUGUAAUCCCGUUCAGCGAGUGGCAAGCGCUCAGUGACUCCGUUAAAACAUCAAUGCAUUGGGCUUCGAGGAGCAAGAAAGAGCCGAUGCUUGAGGCUGCAGAAGAUCCAGCGGAGGAGAAACCGUCUGAAUCCUCGCUGCCAUCCACGGAUCAUCGGUUUCGCUGGACUGGUGCAGCUCCUUCAGGCCUUUUACACAAGUUCAGGAACUAUGAAAUAUAAUGCAUAUGUUCUGUUCUAUUCUAUGCUUUUGUGUGUAAGUGCAUGUGUUCCAAAGUCAUUUACUUUUCAAUGUUUCAACAUUUAUGGCAUAACAUUGACUUUCUCUGUUUCUUUGUUUUGUUGGAUGUUAACAUAUGUGCACGAAACCAGGAGCACAAAACCAGUUAUGCAUCAUCUGAAAGCUGAAUAAAUCAUCUUUCCAUUGAUGUGUGGUUUGUUAGGAGGACAAUAUUUGUCUGAGAUACAACUAUUUGAAAAUCUGGAAUCUGAGGGAGCAAAAAGCAUGUAUUAAAGCAAAAGAAAAUCUAAAUAUUGAGAAAAUCAUCUAGAGACUUAUGACUGGUUUUGUGCUCCAGAGACACAUUUAUUGAUAUUAAUAUGCCUUAAAUGCCCUAUCAGAAUCAUUUUCCUGAAUUAUGAGUAAAACAUGUUUUCAAGCCUGCAGAUUUGCACCAGAAAUAAUUAUAAAGUUUAUUUGAAUUAAUAUGUGUCAUGAAUAAUUUAUUGAAUGGAUAUAUCACUAAUUAAAUAAUAAUAAUAAUUAAUAUAUAACCAUAAAAAUCACAUUCAAUUAAUAAAUGUAACAACAUAUAAGCCAGGAGUGUCUUAAAAAUAUCACUUUUUUAUUCAUAAUUUUAUUUUUAGAAACAGAAUGUAGAAAUGUGUUUAUGAUUUGAGUUCCUUGUGCAAUCAACAUUUUGAGGCAUAUUUAUAUACACAUAUAUGUGUGUGUGUAAAGUAUGUGUAUCUGUGGUCACUUCCAUUCCAAGUGUUUCUAUAUCUGUGUGUGUUUGUUGUUCUUAAUUGUCAGCCAAUGUUGCAUAAAUAAAACUUUGUAUUGUGAAA